CUCGUGCCCACACUAACCGCAGGUCUGAAGCUAGUCACCGACAACGCUGCUACUACUUCAUAGCUCGCAGGGCCAGCACAGAGCCGUUCUGUCUGUCUGUCCCCACAGCAGCGGCAGGACAAAAGCACCGCCUCCCAGCGCCCGUGCACACGCCGAACCCGGCACCGCCGCCACGGCCUCCCGCCGCACUGUCCGCGCCAGGGGGAGGUGCCGGGAGGCGCCGCAGGCCCCGACCCGCCUCCAUCCGCUGUGGGGCGGUUUUGUGUGUUCAGCCCUGAGUGCUCCAGGGGUACGGCAGGAAACAAAACGAAAACCAUCAUCCUGCCUCCCCCCCUCCCCCCCGGCCCGGCCCGGCGCUGGGCAGCCAGCGGGCCGGUACCGCCCCAGCUCCUCCCUGCUCCAAAUGGCGAACCUGGCUGCUGUAGAGACCUCCCCGACGCGUCUGGCAGAGAAUGAGUUAAUGUAAUCACUGGAAAAUUCUGUAUGGAAACCGAUGUGUGCUGGAUCAAUGAUUUGGCAAUGGUCCAAUGCCAGUUUUCCUGUGUUCUUGGGAACAGGUGUACAUACAGAACUUUCCUUGUAGAAAUGCACCUACUUAAGAAUGAACACAAGAGAGGUGCUGUGGUGGACACAAGCUUCAUGUCAUGCUGGUUUCCAGUUUAAAAACCAGUAGGCUGGCAAUUUUAAAGGAACAGCAUCAAAGUGAUGACCAGGUGCCAAGUGCCAGCUUUCCUUAUUCAUCAGAUUCAAGAGGAAUUGGAUAAAGAAGAGGAAGAGACGAUGGUUUUCCUGUGCCGAGACCUUGCUCCUGACUUGGCCAAUGCUGAUCUUAAAGAGAUCCUGGUGGCUUUGAAUGAGAGAGAGAAACUGACUACUCUUGGCUUGUCUGAGCUGUUGUACAGAGUCAAGAGGUUUGACUUGCUGAGGAGGAUCCUGAACACUGAGAAAGCAACAGUGGAAGCUCACCUUGCCAGGAGUCUCAGACUUAUCCCUGAUUACAGGGUACUAAUGGUAGAGAUAAAUGAAAAUCUGGAAAAAGAUGAAGUGGGUUCUCUUGGUUUUCUACUCAGAGAUUAUGCACCUCGUAUGAAAAUGGCAAAAGAUAAGAGUUUUCUAGCUCUUAUAAUUGACCUGGAGAAGCUAAAUUUGGUGGCUCCUAAUCAGCUGGAUUUGAUAGAAAACUGUUUUCGAAGUAUUCACAGAAUAGACUUGAUUAGGAAGAUUCAAAUGUACAAACACGAAGCUUCAGUGUCCUCCAUUCAUUGUCAGCCAGUUUAUGUGAAUGCUCAUCAGGCCUCUCUCCCUAAUUUCAAUCUGAUUGAUCCUCCUUAUCAUUCAGGGAUUCAGAAUGAGAGCAUGGAAAACUUACAAAAUGGAUCAAGUCUUACUCUGGCUGCAGCUGAACCACUUCACAUGUCCAUUGAGGAGUCAGGAUCAGUGCCACAUAAGAUGUCUGAUGAUACCUACAGAAUGCAAAGUCAACCUUUAGGAAUAUGCCUGAUAAUAGAUUGUAUUGGCAAUGACACUGAUGUGUUGGAAGAGACCUUCAGAGGCUUAGGCUAUGACGUUCAUUGUCACAGAUAUUUAAAUAUGAACUCCAUGAAUCAAACAGUGCUUGAAGUUGCAAGGUGGCAGAAGCACAAAAAUUAUGACAGCUUCGUUUGCAUAUUGGUCAGCCGUGGAAACUCUGAGAGCAUCUUUUGUACAGACCAUGCCUUUUCUGGAUUCCCUUUGGAACAAAUAAAGAAAUACUUCACAGCAGACUCAUGUCCUGGACUCCUAGGAAAACCGAAGCUUUUUUUUAUUCAGAGCUAUGUUGUGCCAGAAAAUGAGCAAGAAUGUACCAGUCUGUUGGAAGUAGAUGGGAAUGCUGAGAAUAUCAGAGCUAAAGUCUCUAUUCCCCAUACAGCAGACAUCUUUUGGAGUCAUUGCAAGGUGGAUGUGUCUACACUAGAACAAUCCCCAACUUCACCUUCAUAUUAUCUGCGUGGUCUGGCUGAGAUACUCCGUAAUCCUUAUAAAAGGAAACUCUGUGUAUUGGGUAUCCAUAUGGAACUGAACAAAAAAGUUUAUGAUUGGAAUAUGACCGCUGACCCAAGCCAACAGUACUCACUGCUGCUCCAGCACACACUGAGGAAGAAACUUUUUUUCCCACUUAACUGCUGUUAGAAAGUACAUAUCUGAAAUUAUUACAGGAAGCAUUUGCUAUGAUGCAAACAGUUUAAUGAAUACUUUUAUUUAUACAUUAUUAUUUCAUGUGUAUCUAAAGUGCCUGUUGCUUCCAAACACAGGAAUUUACAAGCAUUUUAGUGUGCUAAGACACUAGAUUUUGUAUUUUAAUACCAUAAUCUCUGAAAGCUUGGAUGAGAAUGGUAGCUAUUGUAUAGCAGUGCAACAUAUCUUGCUACUGAAUACAAUGUGUAAACAGAGUGUUAAGAACUCUAAACUGUAUAGCUGUCGGGUUUUUCAAAAAAAAAAACAGAAGUGUUUUUAUUGCUUCAUUGGUGGUUUUUAACAUACCUCCUAGCACUUAAUAUUUAAACAAAUAUAAGCCAGUCCAAACCACUGAAACAUGUUGAUUACUUUCCUCUGCACCUAAUAAUGGCAAAUGUCUCAGGAAAGCAUUCCUACCCAGUAAUGCCAAAUCUUUGCUCACAAGUUCUGGCUUUUAUGUCUCUAUAGACUGGCAAAACAGAAGGGAGAGAGAGAUGGUGUUUUCAGUAAUCUGGAUUCCAUCUGUUUGCUGCAUUAAAGAUUGCAUUGUUAGAACUGUCCACAGCAAACAGAGGUUCUGUGUUGAUAAAUGAGACAGUCUGCCGUGCUUUGGGCCAAGUGUGUUUUCUGCUGAUGCAAAAAUGAGUCUGCGUAUGACAGGACAUUACAGUAAUCUGCUACACAGUUAAAAAAUGUGGGAUUUUGGCAUAUGUCUUGUGGAAGCUGAAACAUGAUUCACACUCACUGCACUAGGCAUGGUUAUAAAAAGAUACUUAAAAAUAUUUCAACUUAAAUGUAGUAUGUAGCAGCCGUGGGGCCUUAAGACUGGAUUAUGUUAAACAUCCCACUCUCACUGCUUUUGCUUAUGAAAAAGAAUAUGCCUCUAUUAAUUCAUUUUUUCCCAAGUGCUCUUGUUCUUGUGAAAAAAGGAAAGGGAAAAUUGUCCUAAAUAUAAUUUUUUUUUCCAAAGUUCAGUUAACCAACUUGUAUAACAGCAUAACCUGGAUGGGUUGUAUUGAAGUUUAUUGUCACUGAACUUAGUGACAAUAAACUAGGCCACCUGUAAAUAUUUAAUUUUUACUCUUAGUAUAGUCUCCUACACAGGAAAAUAAUUCAAGGGCCUGGUGUGCCUUGCUUGGUUUCUGUUUAGAUUUUUAAUGGAAAUAGAGAAGGAUACAAAAUGACAGAUAUGGGAUCAUAGAAGUUACUUCGUGUGGUGGCUGGUAAAUUAACUACAUGGUGUAACAAACAUUUCCUAUGGUUGUAGAAAUAAGGUGUAAUUUCAAGUUACAUAUAUUUAAGUAAUGUUAAUAAAUGUGAUCUUCUUCACAGAAUAAUUUCACUUUUCCAUUUCCUUUACUAGCUUUUGCAUUUGACAAGCACUUCUGCUACCCUAUAGACAACCAAAAGCAGGGAGAAUGGAACCAAGAGGAGGCAGAUGAGAAAAAGAAAUGUGGAAAUUUUAAGCAGGAACAAGAAGGGGAAUGGUAGGGAGCAUCAAGAGAAGAACAAGUAGGGGAAAGACGAUUCGGAGGAGAAAUACAGUAUUAAUACUGGAAGGAGAAGAAAACAGGGAAAAGGAAGUGAGAAUAAUAGUGGCUGUCUUUACAGACUCUAAUGAUAUGGUGAGUUGAUUGAUGUUUUGUGGAUUGGUUGGUUGGGAGUUUUGAGUGAUGCUAAAUGCAACUAUUUACUUAAAAUAUUAGCAAUAGAAUACAUUCUGCUUUUACAGUUUUGUGACAAGUUUGGUUUGGGGGUUAAGAAGUAUAUAUGUUCUUUGCCUUACUGCAAGACACAGUAAGUCAAGUCCAUGUCCCUUUCAUUAAGAGAUGCAGAAAUGCUGUUUUGAAAACUACAGGCUCCUGUAAUCUGCCCUUUCAGUGGAACAGCAAGGGACUCUGUUUAUGGCUGCUUGGUUGGAAGUGGUUAUAACCCUCUAGAGUUGUGGGGACAGACAUGUAUUGUCCUCCAUUCAUGGGUGUCAGAUACUGAUUUUUUAUGCUGAUCCUCAGUAGAUUCUUAAACUUUAGCCAUACACAAUCUAUAAUCAUACAUCUAAGCAGUAUUUAUUGCCUUGACACCUCUUUCAAGUAUGAUAUUUGGGCAGGCUGAUUCCCUGUACCUGCUGCAUAGGGAGUAUUUAUGCAGGACUUCUGUGAAGUCCUGCAUAGAAUAUGCUGAGUUAGAAGGGAGCCAUCAGGAUCAUCAAGUCCAGCUCCUGGCUCUGCAGAGGACACUCUAAGAAUCCCAUGUGCCUGAGAGUGUUGUUUAACAGCUUAUUGAGCUCUGUCAGGGUUGAUGCUGUGACCACUUCCCUGGGGAGCGUGUUCCGGUGCCCAGUCACCCUCUGGAUGAAGAACCUCUUCCUAAAAUCUACCCUAACCCUCCCCUGACACAGUUUCAUUUCUCAAGUCCAGUCAGUGAUCACCAGAGAGAAGCAGUUGAUACCUCUGCCCCUCUGCCUCCCCUUCGUGAGGAUGUUGAAGACUGCCAUGAGGUCUCCCCUCAGUCUCCUCUUCUCCAGGCUGAAUAAACCAAGUGACCUCAACCCCUCCUCAGAGGGCCUCCCCUCCAAAACCCUUACCAGGUUUCUGUGUCCCUCCACACACAUGAUGGGGACUGUCUCUUCCUGCUGUAGUGCACACAUAAAAUUUGAGUCUAGAAAUGGCUGUGGGGUGUGGACUGCAUCAAGUUGUCCCUGUAUUGCAGACAGUGAAAUUAUUUCAGGUUAAAUGAUCCUUUAGCCAAAAGAAAAGGGGGAAGAGAAUUUUGGAUCCAUCAUGAGUUUGGGGUGUUAGCACAGCAACAUAGAGAGUGACGUGCUGGUGAAAUUUCAUGGUCUUGGACUGCCAAAAUGUUUCGUUUUCAGAACCUACUAUUGGAGGAGGUAAAACAAGUUACGCUGCUCCUGCCUUGUGAGAGGUUGGAAUAAGGCUGUCAGAGUCACUGCUCUGGCACUUCAUUGCAGUUUUGGUUUCUGAUAACAGGAAAAAAAAUUCUUGUAGUUCUGUACGUGCUGUAUAUAUGGAAGGUGAUGCCUUUAAAUGGCUCAGAAGGUGUACUCAUGAGGCAAGUGUUUUGUACCAGACUUGAGUUGCAUGGUUUUUCUCAGCCACCUACACUGAUGUGGCUGAGCCAUAAAUUGAGUUUACUUUUUACUGUUACAUAUUUGUGUAUUACAAUGGUUACCAAUUCAUUAUCCAAAAUAGAAGUUAUGUUCAAGAGGAUGUUACUGUGGUAGCACUUGUAGAUGGAGCAUGUUGUAUGGCUAAUCUCCCCUUUCAACUCUGCAUAAAUGUAACAGUGGCUCCUAUUACAGAUACCUGAAACAGAGAAGCUUUUUAUGGGAAUUUCAGAGAGUUCUUUUCUUCUUUCCAGAGUUUUAAGUUUCUGACAUACAGAACAGUAUUGCUGAGAAGAGGCUGCUGUCUGUGUGGAUGAUCUAUCUUCAAUUUAAAUUAAAUCUCCUGUACUGAAUUAUUUGACAGCUUUUCUGUGGCUGGUUUAAAUAAUGUCUAUUUUCAGCUUCUGUAUUAGAAACAAUAAUAAGACACUAUAAUUGAAUACAAAUGCUGGGUUUCAUGCUGAUAUUCUGAAUAAAAUUUUUGUAUGCAGUCA